AGCUGGGUUCAUUAAAAGUCGAGUGAGGCAGCUGGAUGAUGUCAUAUCCGUGAAGAAAAACGCAGCUCGGAUUUUCGCUGCAUGCAUGCCCACAAACUUUUUUCCCUUCUCUCGCAGUGACGAGGUUUGUCCUCCGCUGCCCACAUGGCAUGCGUAACGGGGACGAGUGGAUGGAUGUGCCCCCCUCCUCCUCCCCAGGAAGCCAUGUUUUUCACCAGCGCGUAGUGGACGAGGUGGCGCGAGCCCACACGGGCAGAAAACUUGCGUGAACAUUUUUUGUUGGAGCCCGUCGCGGAGGAGGGAAACAUAGUCAGCAGCCGACAGAAUGUGGUCGCUGUCCGUGGUCCUGAACCCGCUGCUGUUCCUGCUGCUGUUCGGAUACUGCCCUUCAGUGACCAUCAGGCCAAAGGAGGGGUGGCAGGUGUACAGCUCAGCUCAGGAUGCAGAUGGGCGUUGUAUCUGCACAGUGGUGGCACCUGAACAGAAUCUGUGCUCAAGAGAUGCCAAAGGCAGACAGCUCCGCCAGCUCCUGGAGAAGGUGCAGAACAUGUCGCAGUCAAUCGAGGUGCUGAACCUGCGGACGCAGAGGGACUUUCAGUAUAUCAUGAGGAUGGAGAGCCAGAUCAAAGGGCUGCGGUCAAAGUUUCGGCAGAUCGAAUCGGACAGGAAGACGCUCGUCAACAAAAACUUUCAGGAGCUAAAGGGAAAGAUGGAGACCUUGCAGCCGCUGAUCCCUGUCCUGGAGCAGUACAAGACAGACGCCAAGCUCAUCUCCCAGUUCAAAGAGGAGAUCAGGAACCUGUCCGGUGUGUUGAUGGGCAUCCAGGAGGAGAUGGGGGCCUACGACUACGAGGAGCUGCAACAGAGGGUCCUAAACCUUGAAAACCGGCUCCGCAACUGUAUGAGCAAACUCACAUGUGGCAAGCUAAUGAAGAUCACUGGGCCGCUGACUGUGAAAACUUCAGGGACCAGAUUUGGAGCCUGGAUGACCGACCCACAGGCGUCUCCCAAGAACAACAGGGUGUGGUACAUGGACAGCUACACCAACAACAAGAUCGUAAAAGAGUAUAAAUCCGUCGCUGAUUUUGUGGCAGGAGUCGAAUCGAGAACCUACAACCUGCCUUUUAAAUGGGCAGGAACCGACCAUGUGGUGUACAACGGCUCUCUGUACUACAACAAGAUGCAGAGCAACAUCAUAGUGAGGUACAGCUUCGAGACGGGCCGCGUGGUCACACAGAGGGCUCUGGAGUCUGCGGGGUUCCACAACGUGUACCCGUACACCUGGGGAGGCUUCUCUGACAUCGACCUAAUGGCGGACGAGCUGGGCCUGUGGGCCGUGUAUGCCACCAACCAGAACGCUGGGAACAUCGUCAUCAGCCAGCUGAACCCGGACACGCUCCAGAUCCUCAGCACGUGGAACACAGAAUACUCAAAGAGGAACGCCGGCGAGUCUUUUAUGAUCUGUGGGACGCUCUACAUCACUAACUCCCACCUGACAGGCGCCAAGGUGUACUAUGCCUACUCCACUAAAACCUCCACGUAUGAGUAUACAGACAUUCCCUUUCACAACCAGUACUUCCACAUGUCUAUGUUGGACUACAACGCCAGGGACCGCGCCCUCUACGGCUGGAACAACGGCCACCAGGUCCUGUUUAAUGUCACUCUUUUCCACAUCAUUAAAACUGAGGACGACUCUUAAGCAAAGGGACAUUCUGUACACGAAAGAAAUUAUGAAAACAUGGAUGGUUGCACCUGUGUUCCCUUUCCCAUUCCCAAUGUUCUCUUUUAAUUCAUUAUUCAUUCAUUUAUUUAUUUAUUUAUGUCAAUUACUUGAUUAGUUUAGGCAUUUUAUACCAAAUUACAUGAUGACAUUUUGCCAUUAGCCUGUUUCCAUAUGAAGUAGGGUUGAGCGAUUAGACAAAUAUCGGCUAUUGGUGAUUGGCUGAGUACAUUGCCAGCUGUUUGAUUAUUUUGCUUUUGAAGAAAGUGUGGAGAUUGAGCUGGCUAUGUGAGACUAGAUUAAACAUAUUUAAAUUGUAAGAACGAACCCACCAGACAGUUCAGUCAAAACAAACUUGGCGUUUAAAAUUAAAACAUUUCAGAAUUGCAAUACCACAGACUUCUCAAAGAGACUCUAGGGAUCAGACGUGACUUCAGAUUAAAAAAAAUAAAAACAUGAAAGCUUCGAAAUUAAAGCUUUUCCCAAAAUUAAGCCUUCAUAUUUCUAAUGGUUUUCUCUGUCAGUAUUGCAUUUAUUCAUGCCCCCUAAUUUAUUCAUAUUUUGUCUGCGUUCACUAAUUGUUCAUUUUGUUUCCAUUCUUUCCUUGACAUUUAUUCAUCAUCAUCUGCUAAGUAGAAAGAAAGGCGGGAAUAGCCUUUCACUGCCUCCAUUUAGCUUUCAAUUGAUCUUUGUACUU